AUGAGAGGACGAGGAUGUGGAUCUUCAUCACGGGGUCGAGGAGACCAUGGCAGGGGUAGUGUCCACAAAAGUAAAUCAGAAAAUGUCAAUCAAAAUUUGGUACAAGACACUGCUUUAAUUCCUAGACCACCCCAAAGUGAGAGAUCCACACAGGGUGCUGCAUCAUCCACUCCUGCUUCAGUGCACACAUCUGCUACUGCCUCAGCUCCCAUAGGUUUGCCACCUAUUGUAUCUAUUCCUACAUCUGCAUCUGCUUCUGGUAGUUGUGGACCUACAGGACACAGACCAUAUAUUUCCUUGGUAAACUCAGUCAUGCAGCCUUCUGAUCCGAUUGCUAGGCGGAUUACCUUAAUCUUCAAGGAAAAGUUAGUAGCAGAUGGCUUUUGUUGGAAAAAUUUACCAGAAGAGGUUAAAGAAUUCUAUUGGCAAGAAUUUAAGAAACACUUCUUAUGGGAGGAGGCAAUAGAGCAGCUUAUGAAGAUAGCUUGGAGGAAGAAAGCUGCCGAGCGGUAUCGUAGCCUUAUGUGUAGCGUAAGGAAUGGGAAGGAGAAAAGGCUAUCACUGACAGAAGGAGUAAUGGAUGCAUGCAAUCCGCUUGGGGGAAAGAGUGAAACAGGUGGGCAAAGCGCUGGCCCAUCAAGACAUUGUGGAGGAUCCAUAUCUCAGUAUAGGCAUCAACAACAGAUGGACCGCUUUCUGACUUUGAAAGAGCAAGCAUCACAGAUAGAUAAUGACAGUAGUCAGGCAUCCUACAUUGAUGAGGCUCAGUUAUACUUUGAGGCAGUAGGUGGAGAGAAAAAAAGAAGGGUGUACGAUCUUGGAUCACAGGCUUCAGUUUUCUUCCCAAACAAGACUUCUGCUAGUACAUCCUUCACAUCAGCUUAG